UUGGCGCAGUGCCUGGGCAGCGCGCUCAGCUCCCGGCUCGGCGGAUGAGCCAUCUCCCUUACAGGCAUGCCUGUGUCCCAUGGGAUGGCAGCCACUCCUGCUGACCUCCACAAAGAGCUGCGAAGCCACUGAAUGGUCACGGUGAUCUCCGGAGAUCACCCUGUCCAACCCCCUGCCCAGGCAGGGUCACCUGGAGCAGGUGACGCAGGAGCGUGUCCAGGUGGGGUUGGAAUGUCUCCAGAGGGGGAGACUCCAGGCCCUCCCUGGGCAGCUGUUCCAGGGCUCUGCCACCCGCAGUGUGCGGAAGUUCUUCCUCAUGCUGAGCUUCUUGUGUUUAGUUUAUGGCCACACCGCACAUCUGUCCGUCCGUCUGUCCGUCCGUCCAUCCAUCCAUCCUGCCGUGAAAGCAGGCACGAAGACCGGGCUUUGAGGGAUAUCUUGUGCCAAAAGAGCACCCUCUCUUCCCUAAAGGGCAAACGAUCCCCGUAUCCCACCUCGAGCCCCCCAGUGCAUCCCUCGCUGUCCCCUGGGCCUCUCCGGCCGCGCUCCCCGCACGCACGAGCGGCGCCGCAGGACUACAUUUCCCGGCAUGCCCCGAGGGGGCGGUCCGCGCGCGUGGCAGGGCGCGGCGGGAGAGGAGCGGACCGGGACAGUGACAGGGACAGAGACACGGCCAUGGAUGCGGGCGAGGGGCGGCCGCAGCCCCACCUGGCCGCCCUGGUGCUGGCGCGGGGCGGCAGCAAGGGGAUCCCGCUGAAGAACAUCAAGCUGCUGGCGGGGGUGCCGCUCAUCGGCUGGGUGCUGCGCGCCGCCACGGACGCCGGCGUCUUCCACAGCAUAUGGGUUUCCACAGACCACGAUGAGAUUGAGAAGGUUGCAAAGCAGUUUGGUGCUAAGGUCCAUCGCAGAAGCCCCGAAGUCUCUCAAGACUCCUCAACUUCUCUAGAAGCCAUCACAGAGUUUCUCAACCACCAUCAUGAGGUUGAUAUUGUAGGAAAUAUUCAAGCAACAUCUCCCUGUUUACAUCCCAGUGACCUUAUAAAAGUGGCAGAUCUGAUCCAGAAGGAGGGGUUUGAUUCCGUCUUCUCUGUUGUGAGGCGGCAUCAGUUCAGAUGGAGUGAGGUAAAGAAAGGAGACAACAAGAUGACAGAACCUCAAAACCUGAAUCCAGCAAAGCGCUACCGGAGGCAAGACUGGCCUGGGGAGCUCUAUGAAAAUGGCUCAUUUUAUUUUGCUAAGAGACAUCUGAUUGAGAAAGGCUACUUGCAGGGUGGUAAAAUGGCCUACUAUGAAAUGCGUGCAGAGCACAGCGUGGAUAUUGACAUAGACAUUGACUGGCCUAUUGCAGAGCAGAGAGUGUUGAGCUUUGGAUAUUUUGGCAAAGAGCCACUAAAAGAGGUGAAGCUCUUGGUUUGCAGUAUUGAUGGAUGCCUGACCAAUGGUCGCAUUUAUGUGACAGAAGAUCACAAGGAAAUGGUCUCCUAUGAUUACAGAGAUAUUGUUGGCAUUGAUCUGUUAAAGAAAAGAGGAAUCCAGGUUCGACUCAUCUCUGACAGAGAUUGUUCAAAAACACUUUCAGCCAUGCAGCUGGGAUGUGUAGCAAAAGUCAAUGUGACAAAUAAACUACAAGUUCUGAAGGACUGGCAGGAAGACAUGGGUUUGAGCUGGAAAGAGGUGGCAUACUUAGGAAAUGAGGAGUCUGAUGUGGAGUGCCUGAAGCAGGCAGGCAUGAAUGGUGUGCCUGCUGAUGCCUGUGCUGCUGCUCAGAAGGCUGCUGGUUACAUCUGCAAGAGCAGAGGUGGCUGUGGAGCUGUGCGCGAGUUUGCAGAACACAUAUUCCUGCUCUUAGAGAAAGUGAACUCUGCAAGGAAGCAACUGGAAGAAAUCAGCUCUGCUGGGAAGGAAAUGGGGAGAAAUGAGAACAGCAGGAAAGGAAAUAAAGAACUGAUGGAAAAAGAGUAAUGCUGUUGGUCAAUCCUGCUUUUCUUCCUCAGUACAUCCAUAUCCCAAAGGAAUGUUUACCUUUCAAAUUUUACAGCACAGUAGAGUUAAAAGUGUCUCCCUCUAAUUCCAGGUCCCACAUUCAUGAUUAUAUGCUGAUCAUAUCCAUGAUGAUUUUAAAAGCCAUUUAAGUGAAAUGGGAGGAAUGCUACAAAAGAGAGUGCCCUGUAAAUCUACUCUUAAUCAUCACACCUGUCUGAUGCAUGUUUUUCAUAAUCAGAAUGUUUUCAGGGAGCAAUGAUUUUGCAUGACUUGAAGAUUUGUAAUUCAGGCUUGAAACCAAAACUUCUGUCAAUUUCGCUCAUGUGGUUUGCAUUUCUUUUAUCAAAUGCAUGGUGGUGUGGUAGUGUGAUUGCAUUUUACAGGAUCUGUUCUCAGCAAGGAAGAGUUUUAACAUAUGCUGGAGAGGUCAGGUUAAAAUACUAUCAAUAAAACUUCCUCCUCUAUUUUAAAAAUACAACACAGUUACUGUAAAACAAAUUAAUAUUAGUUUUAAAAAGCACUUUAGCAUGUGUUGAGUUUUAAGCUCAUAAAUAAUUAAAUCACUUUUGGAAUUGUGCCUCUUGGAAUCUGUUUAUUAUGGGUUUUAUUGAAGUGCCUAAAUUAAUAUUUUGCCAAAUUUGGAGUUAAAUUUCCCAUUGUCUUUGAGAUCUUUGCAGAAACUUGGUUUCUUUCUAUGACGACUUUAUUGCAAUCUCAAAUGAGUUAAAGGCAAAUAAGGGUCUUUAAGUUCAUUGUAUAGAAAAGCAGCUGUUGUUAAAAAAAAACAAACACCAAACCAUAGUUGAUGUGGGUUUAUAUAAAAUAUAUAUACAGACACUUUUAGCAUGUUAAAACUGGUUUACAUGAUCGUAUUUAUUGAGAAUAGGAUUUGCAUUGUACAUUACAAAUGCAGUAUCAGUCAAGUUCUUGUUUGGGUUAUGUUAAAAAAUAAAAAUACCCAUGGUACACAGGCAAUUAUAAGUGAGGUGAAUGAUAAUGGCUCAUUAUUUUAUUUUGUUCCUCUGCUAAAUAUUGUCUUGUACAAAUAGUUCUACUCCUAGUAUAUCACCUGAUGUAUUUGCUUCUGAUAAACUUUGUGUUUACUUCCUUUCACAAAGCAAAAUGUUGAACUGAAAUUUUUUACUGCCUAUCUACAGUUAACAGAUAAAUUGUUUACUAUACUAAUCAGUUCUAGGUCACCUAAAUUUAAGUGUCUCUUUUGAGUCACUUGUUAGGAUUCUGUGCAGGAUAAAUCCAUGGAUUUUGACAAGAGGAGCGCCACAUUUUGGACAUCAGUUUUUUUUACUUUGAGGAAUUCUUGUUUAGAAGAACAUGGUAUAAUCUUACAUUGGGAAGAAUAUGAGGAACAAAAGAUCUUUAGAGACUGUUUACCAAAAAAAAAUUGGAUAUACACGAUCUGCUUCCUGAAAGGUUCAGAUUUGUAUUGCCCACACUGUAGUGGAAAGCCUAAUUAUAGAGUAGGAAGUGGGAAGCCUUAAUUACUCCUCUUGAUUUUAUAGAAGAGACUCAAUCAUAGGAAGGAUUUAGGGGUCAGAGAGGCAAAGAGAGUGAGGGUAACUCUGUCACCUUAGAGGUGAAAUCCCAAGUCCCAGGAAAGGUUCAAAUGUGUAGACUAUUUUUCCAAGGCCCGUUCCAGUACGUGCAACACCACAGCUGCCUUUGAUUAGAGGGGUAUUACUCAUUCAGAGUAGAUUUCAAUGGUCAAUUUUGUUAUUCUGGGCUAAUUUUGAGAUCAUCUUUUGGCCAUGUGAGCACUUGUUUUUUGGUUUUAAUUAACUUAGGGUAUUCCAAAGAUCUUGGGUAAUAUGUUACAUAGUCUUAGGUGAUGUUCGGUCAUGAUUAUGUGAAAUGGAAAAAAAAGGAAAUUAUGUAAAUAUUUGUAAUAAGCUAUUAUAAAAACAUGGCUGAUUACCUCAAAUUUUAAAUAAACAGCUUUCUCUAGUCUUGUAAGUAGAGAAUGUUUAUGGGCUGGCUUGUGGUGAGUUUCUGUCCUGCAAAUCUUACACUCCCAAGUUCACGUUCCACACAAAUUAUUUAUGAUGGUGAAAGUGGAUUUAAUGCCCAAAUUAAUCACAUGCACACCUUCACCUACUUCUGACUCCAUUCAUUUAUUUUUAUCUACUCUUUCUCCUAUUUAGUUUAUCUUCCCCUCCAGUUCAUGUUAGGCGAUGCAACAAGUUCUUAACUUAAGUGUUUUCAAAUCAAUAGGAAUCACAUAUAUCUCAGCCUUUUGAAGUCAGAGAUGUUUUAAUACUUGCUGAUUUCAAGUUUUUAAGACUUUAAAACCUUGAGCACACAUUUUACAUAAGUAGUUUUUUCCAGAGCCCAUGUGGGGGAUGGUUUUAAUUUUUUUUUCCUGUUAGUGUGGUCUUAAAACAUUAUUUACUUUUUCCAGAAAUAAAUCUAAAUUAUUUCCAAGCAGCAGAACCAAUCAUCCUAAUUGUUGUCAUUACAAGAGCAGUAAUGUUGUACAGAAGAAAAAUGCCAUUAUGUGUGAACCUGGUGCACAAAUGGGUUAGAAAAACUUACCUGUAAUACACUUGUCUGAAAAACCUUUAGGGGAGACAUGAAAGAGAAUGACCAAUGAGCAGUGUGAAGGUAAUGAUACCAAAUUAUUCAGGUUGGUAAAGAGAGGGGCUGGUUAAACUGAGGAGGUAUAUAUAAAAUAAGCUGACCCUAACUGAAAAACAGUCCUAAUGUCAUAUGUAUUAAAAUAUCCAUGUUUACGGAGCGGUUAUAAUUCAGAAAGGUAUCUAGAGAUUUGAAGUGUGUGCUAGCAGUUGAAAAAGCAGGAAUUGCUACAAAAAAGAAUAAAUA